ACUGAUCGUUUAUCUGUACCGCAUUGCGGUCCACACAGCAUCCUCGAGUGAGGCCAAAAGCGCAUCACGAACGCGAGCUCACCUUCCACCAGGACAGACAGACCUACGAUCGCAAUGCAGACGCCUCCCCAGUUCCCCACACCCAACCAUGGCCAGUCUCCGCCUCCGUAUCAGGCGCAUCAAGCGCCCCCACCAUCCGGGUUCCGCAUCCCACUCAGCACUCAGUCCGCGCUGCCGUCCCCCGAGCAGCUCGGCCAGCCCGUGAGCUUCGACGGGGACGGUCGCUCGCCCGUGUACAUUGGCUCUGCGAUCUUCCCGAACUCCGUGCACCCCUGCAAGAUCGGCCCACACCUGUCGCCGCCGUGCCGCGUGCCAUACGGCGGCGGCGAGCACGAGCACAACGGGCGGUAUGACCUCCUGCCAUUCGAUCCCAAUACGAUGGAGUGGGUCCCCACCUCGCAUGGCCGAGUUCCUCCCGGCCGGCGUCCCGUAGAGGGCGGUUACGAGCAGGGCGGAGGAAAGCUUUACCAUGCCAUGGCUACUGUCCAGGGCGUCCGAGUCCCUGGUAAGACUGGCGAGCACCUUGUAUGUACCAUUUGAAGUCAUGCUUGCGGCGGGGCAAUUGACGUGUGGACUACUUGGCAGGGCGCAUGCAAUGUUGCGUUUGGCGGCGGCGAACACGUCAUUCACGAGAGCUACGAGAUCCUGUAAGUUCGCGGCUACGCAUGCAAGGGCUGUAACUCUGAUGCUUCCGGUGUACAGAUGCUGGCGUUGAACGGGUGUCGAGAGCGUGAAUGAGAGGAUUGGUCAUGAGUGCAAACGAGCAUGUAACAUUAACAGGAAACUAUCUGACGAGCACCGAUACAUUGUCCCCAAAAAU